UUUUUUUAUCCUCCCGUAACUUCAAUCUCAUGUGACAGCAGAGCGGGAGGAAUUGCAGAGGAGAGAUAACAGAGAAAACUAGGAGAAUUUAUGAUGCCUCCAUUUCAUCCAUCCUGCGCCUGCUGACAGAAGACAAGAAAAGAGACGGCAGAGAUGGGGGACGAGAGCCCAGUGGUGAGUUGUUCUGACUAAUUCAUCUCUUUCUCUCUGUGUGUGUCCCCACAGCAGCUUCUAGACGCAGGAGGACAUAAAGGAGGAGGAAGAGAAAGACAGACGCUGAUAAAGAGACGAGAGGAUAACUCGGCGCGGGAGAAGACGACAGAGAGGGAGUGAUGGCUGAGGCACCUCAGCAGCAGCAGCAGGAGGUGAAGGAGGAGGAGAAGGAGGAGCAGCCGAGCUCUGUGGAGGAGACGGAGAGCGAUGAAGCCUCCGAGGAGCCCAAGGAGAGCGUCCUGACGGCCCCGAGCCGACCCCUGCUCUCCAUGAGGUCCAUGAGCACCGUGGACCCAGACGACGACUCCCCGAACAUGAUCGUCUACAGAAAAAUUGAAGACAUUGUCACUAACAUCCAGGAUGAGACGGAGGGUGUGCCGAUCAGAACGGUCAAAAGCUUCAUGACCAAAAUCCCCAGUGUUGUUACAGGUACAGAUAUUGUGCAGUGGCUGAUGAAGAAUCUGUCCAUAGAGGAUCCAGCUGAGGCCAUGCACAUCGGGAGUCUCAUCGCAGCUCAGGGGUACUUCUUCCCGAUCUCAGACCACGUUCUCUCCCUCAAAGACGACGGAGCGUUCUACCGCUUUCAGGCGCCGUAUUUCUGGCCGUCCAACUGUUGGGAGCCUGAGAACACAGACUAUGCUAUUUACCUGUGCAAGCGGACCAUGCAGAACAAGACCAGGCUGGAGCUGGCAGAUUAUGAGGCGGAGAACCUCGCCAGGCUGCAGAGAGCCUUUGCCAGGAAGUGGGAGUUUAUCUACAUGCAGGCUGAGGCCCAGGUCAAGAUCGACAGAAAAAAGGAUAAAACCGAGAGGAAGAUCCUUGACAGUCAGGAGAGAGCCUUCUGGGACGUCCACAGACCUGUGCCUGGAUGUGUGAACACGACAGAGAUGGACAUCAGGAAAUGUAGACGGAUGAAGAACCCUCAUAGAGUUAAGAAGUCAGUGUACGGUGUGGCGGAGGAGGGAACGCAGUCUCACAGUCCCAUACACACUCCCUCGCACCACUGCAGGAAAGGCACCAAGGAGGAUGUGGAGAAGGAGAUCUUAUUCAUGAACACCCAGCUAGAUCGUCACCGCAUGAAGAUGUCUAAAGUCGCUGAAAGUCUGAUCAGCUACACUGAGCAGUACAUGGACUAUGACCCGUUUGUGAUGGCACCGGAGCCGUCCAACCCCUGGACCAGCGACGACCCCUGCCUCUGGGAUCUGGAGGCCAGGCAGGAGCCGAGUCAGCAGCGGGUGAAGAAGUGGGGUUUCUCUCUGGAGGAGGCUCUGAAGGACCCGGCGGGACAGGAUCUCUUCCUCAAGUUCCUCGAGUCGGAGUUCAGCUCAGAAAACCUGCGGUUCUGGUUGGCGGUGCAGGACCUGAAGAGGAUGCCCCAGCAGGAAGUGGCGCAGAGAGCGCAGGACAUUUGGACGGAGUUCCUGGCGGAGGGAGCGCCCAGCUCCAUCAACCUGGACUCCCACAGCUACGAACGCACGAGCCAGAACCUGAAAGACCCCGGACGCUACAGCUAUGAGGACGCACAGGACCACAUCUACAAGCUGAUGAAAAGUGACAGCUACACACGCUUCCUGCGCUCCAACGUCUACCAGGACCUGCUGAUGGCGAGGAAGAAACCUGAAACAGAGCAGGGGCGACGCACCUCCCUGGAGAAGUUCACUCGCAGUGUGGGCAAGUCACUGACGGGCAAACGACUGACGGGCCUCAUGCAGUCGUCCUGACAAGGCCUGGAUGAAGAGUAGGAGGAACCAUACCCAGAGGAGCUGCUUCUCCCCGGGCAGCAGGUGGAAAAAGACCCUGGGAUGUUUGGGUGUGGCUGUGGGAGGCGGGUGAGGGCCCAAAACAAAGCCUGGACUGCCGGACUGGACCGCCACCACGUUUGAAAACUCACCUCAGAUCAGUUCGAGAGGAUUGACAGCAUGCAAUAAGUCACCGGACCUGACACCAGGACAGUGCUGUCACAGUGUAGAGGACAAACAAUGCUUCUCUUCUUCAGAGGUUUCUACUGAAAAAGCCCGCACCACCACCACCAGGCUUUGUCGCUUCUCUCUUGUUGUUUUUCUCUACUAUCUACACUCAUGUUAACAUGGUAGCUGAAGAGGCUAUCGCUUUACUUUCAGUGGUAUAAACAUGGAAUGCUUGAAUGCAAAUGAGACUUAGAUUAUUGCUGUAGCUAGCUGUUUUAUCUCACGUCAUUCACUGGGAUGAUAUAAGGGAAAGAGGGGGUGAACGUCUGCUCACACUGAUGAUGGUCUGACUUUCCUGCUUUAACGGUGGAUCGAGUGGAGUAGUGCACCAACUUUUUAGUAAAUGAGCUUUUUGAUCAAUCUGCUGAGGUGGGAUGAUACAAGAUUAACACCCUCUGUGUGUCCAGUAGUGGUUUAGCUUGUUAUUAAAAUGUAUAUGUUUACAUUUCAUUCAAACUAAUGCCUGAUUUUAUGCUCAUUACAGACUGAUUAAAGAUAGAAACUUGUAUAAACACCAUGGCCUGCUCUGGGACAGUAGGUCGUUCCUGGAAAGCAGAUAAACAGGAAUAUAUUGUUUUAUUUUAUUUUUUUGGCAGUUAUAGCUGCUUUUAAAUGUGUCACAGUACUGGCAAAAAGAUAAAAAUAUUAAAUUUCAUGGAUUAUCACUGCCACUGUCUGUCUUAAAGUCUUGUAACAACCGCUCUGAACAGACCGAGUUGUAAUCUUGCUGUCAUGAAAAGGUAAGCACAGGUUGAUCAUUUUACAAAAAAACAAAACAAGUAUAGGACUUUAAAUAAAGAGAGCUGAUAUAAUGUUAGGCUUUAUUCUAUCUUCUGAACAUUCCACUUCAGGCGGCCACAACGAGGUUUUAGUGGGCUGACCUCUUACCAUUCUUCACCUUAUGUAAAGAGGACCAUGAUAAUAAAAGAGGAAUGCACAAACAAAGAGAGGGAUUUGUCCUGUUAUUCCAUGUGUGUCCAUUUAAUUCCUUCUGGUGCUGCAAAGAAAUCCUCCUGUGCAUCCCAUGCAAAAGGGAAAUGUCCUUUUUCCAGGUAAACCCUGAGGUAAUGGAGCCAAACAGCAGCAACUAUGUAUGCAGUUCCCUCAAACUGGUUCAUCUUUGCUUUUUAUAGUACUAUAGCGCCCUCUAGUGCAUCUGGAAUGUCAGUACGGGGAAAUCUCUGCAGUAAUCCUGAAGUUAAAUUUCACCCUUUUCAUAGAUUUUAAGACCUCAUGCCCACUUUAAGUUUCAAACAGCGACACACUUAACUUACAUUUACUAUACAUUGAUUUUAAGAUACCACAACUUCCUAGUUUGUGAUGACUCAGAUCACUGUAUGCAUGAAAUUCAGAUAAAGGGAUAGGAACAAAACACAGGAGAAUAAAUUGAGUGACAAACACAAUUCAAGGUUUUAAAAAAAGAGUAGAAA